AUGGCGGCGGAAAACUGGCCUGCCGGGCUCACGGACGAGUCCGUGAACGCGGCGAUCGACCGGCUGCUGCGCCGCGAGGACUGGGACACCAUCUCAGUCAAGGUGGUGCUCCGGAUGCUCGAGACGGAGCUGCUGCCCGGCGCCGACGGCUCCCUCCGCGCGCACAAGAAGUUUGUCAAGGCGGCCAAGGGGGAGGAGACGUACGAGGUCGGGCAGGACUGCUACCUCGAGAACGGCGCCGACGUGCCCUACGUCGCGCGACUGCAGGAGAUCUUCGUCUACUCGUUUGCUUCGUCGGAGGUCUACUUCAACGCGCGCUGGUACUACCGCGAGGGCGACGUCCACGAGUACGCAAAGAUGGCCGGAGCGAGCGGCAAGGUCAAGUACGAGGGAGGCACGCUCACCGCGGCGCCGUCGGAGCUCUUCUUCUCGCUGCAUUUCGACGAGAACCACUCCGACUGCGUCCUCCGCCCGUGCGCCGUCCACCUCCUCGACGAGCGGCCCGACGGCGGGUUCGGGCCGCACGAGUUCUUUGCGUGGCGCGCGUACGAGAAGAAGGCGGUCUACCCGCUGGAGGCGCUUCCGACCAAGAAGCUGCGCGACGCGUACGCGACCGAGGCCAAGCGCGGCCCCGCGGCCAAAGCGGCGGCGGCCCGCGAGGCGUCGGAGAAGGAGCGGCGCAAGCGCGAGGCGACGGAGGCGCGGGAGACGGCGCGGGAGACGGCGCUGUCGGCGGACGAGCUGAGGGCGCUCGUGAUGCCGCGUCGGCACGCGGAGGUCUGGAUCGAGACGCGCGCGUUCAAUCGCGUGGCGGUCGACUCGCUCGUGCGGUGCGUGCAGCGGCUCAACGGCCAAAAGUCGUUUUACGUCGGUCUGGUCAUCGCCACCAAGCGGGCGCCGCGGCCGUACCGGCUGGGCAAGAAGCUGGUCGAGAUGUCGCUGCAGCUGCGCACGUCGGUCGGCACGCGCCUGGCCGGGCUCGACACGCUGUCCAACGAUGCCCCCUCGGAGGCGGAGCUGCAGCGGUUCAAGGUGCCGCUCAACCCGGUGCACAUGCGCAAGCACAUGCGCAAGGUGCAGGCGGCGAUGAGCGAGCAUGCGGAGAAGUUCGACGAGCAGGACCUGCUGCGAAGGGCGGAGGAGGAGGAGCGGCUGCGGCGGGCGCGCGAGGCGGAGGAGGAGGCGGAGCGGGCCGCCGACGAAGAGAGAGAGCGCAAGGGGCGCGAGCGUGAGGAGAUGCGCCGGCGUGCUGCGGACAAGGCGGCGGGCGGAGGCGCGGCCGAGCCGGAGCAGUGGUGGCUGUCGUACAACGUGACGCGGGGCGACGCGUCGGGGCGCGAGGUCGCAAAGUGGCGCGCGCGGCUGCUCCGCUUCGAGAAGAUUGCAAAGGCGACGGUGGCCGGCGGCGAGCGCGAGAAUGCGCUGCGCUCGAUGCAGGUCGACCAAGCGGCGGACGAGGCCGAGGAGGCGUAG